CGCAGUGAUGAGCAUUGAAUGGAGCGUCAUUUACACGCGCUCCACUCAAACGGUUACGCUUCACGUAAACCGCCCCCUUAAUGGCAAACUCUUCCACUUCUUCCACUUCUCAAAGCCAUUCAGAGAAAAAGCAACCCUUCCAUUUUCGAGCAACGUUCGAAACUCAAGAUAUACACCUCGUCGCUAACAUUCGAAAACUCCAUCAACACACCAUAGAACUCUCGAUCAAGAAUCUCCAGAGAGAACAAAGCUAUAAUACUCAAGAGAAAAUGGCAGCAAGAAACCAACCUGGAAGAAACCAAACAAAAGACCUUAAGUGUGCAACACAUCUGAUAAGUGAUAAAUUCAGAAACAUGAGUGAGGAGAAGAAAACGAUUGUGAGGGAUUUGGGAUUCGGUGGCUUGAUGCACAUCCCACCACUAAGGGUGCAUCAGCAAGUGUUAAGGGAGCUGGCUAACAACUUCAAAUUGGGGGAGAACAGACUGGAAACCGGAUACGGUUCUUUUAAAAUAACCCCAAGAAAAAUAGGUCAUGCGCUUGGCAUCAACGCAACAGGAGAUCUAUUUCCUCAGAAAGUCGAUUAUAAGAAACUUUCUGAGGAUGGCAAAGUAAUUUUUAGAAGAUUCCAGGGUAAGACCCUCAAAAGUCUUAUAGAUGAGAUGAUGGAUAUUGGCGUUGGUAACGAAGAGGAUCGCCUGAUCAUAACGGAGUGA